AUGAUGCAUUGUAUAACUUCGCUCUUAGUUAUAAUUUUUACAUUAACAAAAAGUUCAUUAGCAGUUCAAUGUAAUACAAAUCCUUGCAUAUUGGGUGCUGGUUUUUCGCCACCUGCCUAUCAAUGUCUUCAAGUGCCAGACAAUUUCAAUGAUGUUAUCUGUACAUGUCCUGAUGGUCAAUCAGAAAUCAAUACUCCUUGCCGCGUUUGUAAUAAGGUCAAUUGUGGCCCAAAUGGUGUCUGUAUUGAAAAAUCUUUCUAUGAAAGUUUGUUUUAUGCUUGUGGAUGUACAAAUGGUUCCAGUAUAUAUAUUCAUCCAGGACCAUGUCCAGACGCUAAUCCGACAACACCAGCGCCUGGUAUUUGUUUUAACGGCGGCGUUUACAAUACAGCAGCAGGCAUAUGUAUUUGUCAAGCUGGUUUUAGUGGUCCUUAUUGUGAAAUAUCGCCUGGCCAAACAAAUUGUCAAAAUGUAGUAUGUGCUAAUGGUGGUGUUUGUAAUUCAGUAGCAACCAUUGAAAAUGGAGUCGAUCAACAAUGUUCCUGUUUAGAUGGCUUUUCUGGCUCAAAUUGUGAAUUAGUUGGUGUUUCCGGUCGGUGUACACCUGAUUUGUGUCAAAAUGGAGGUAUUUGUGAAGAAAAAAACAAUGGUGUAACAUCUUAUGCUUUUUGUCGAUGUCCAUCUGGCAUUGCAGGUCAAUGUUGUCAAACGCCAUAUUUUUCGUGUCCUGCCCCAGGCAUCUUUGCUGAUUCGACAAAUUGUAAAUAUGGUCGAUACUUUCAAUGUGCUGGCUUAAAUCUAUCAACACUUUCAUGUCCCAGAGGACUUCGUUAUAAUUUUAUGAAGAUGCGAUGUGACUCAGAUGUUUCCUGUCCAAUAUAA